ACCGAGUCUACGAUCUGUGGCGUGAACUCGUGAGUUACCCAGUGCAGGUCCCAUUUGGCCAAGACGCCGAGUAAUUUGGCCACUGCCAUGCGGACUCGAGGCUCGUAGUACUCCAUGUGUUGGUGGAUGGUUUGCUUGACUGUCUGCGUCACGAAGGCGUCCGACAGCGGCGCGAUAGUUGAGACAUAGAGCGGAAGGGCAGGAGUGGGCACACUGAAGUCUGUAUUGGCGUCCAGGUCUGGUAGUUCGAGGUGACGGCUCAGUAGGUCACGUACUACCACGAGGAACACGGCGACGGGCUCCCAACGCUCUUUGCCGUGCAGUAGCAGCGUCUGUAGCUCCUCCUGAAGAAGAUCACGUCGUGUCUCUUCGUCAGCCGACGGAGAGACGUCUGACGUCUGUGUGGGGGACUCGGAGAGGGUCUUCGAAGGGCAGAUGAGCUCAAGGACAGCAAGAGCCGUGUCGACCGCAGGCUGCGACACCUUGGGGCGGUUCUUGAGCGUCCGCAGCGCGCUCUCGGCACGAGAUAGCUCCAUGGUGUUGGAUAAUGAUUGCAAAAUAGAUUGCUGAAGGUGAAGUGUAAGCUGGUUGAUAGGAUAUAGGAUGUUGAGGGAUGUCGUUAAAGAGAGGUUUUAGAGGACACUGAAGUGAGUGAUGCUUGUCAGAAUAGUACUUCGACUUCAACGAUGGGAGUGGAUCCGGGCAAGGCGGGGAGCUAUGCGGCGGGGCUGCUAGUGGGUGUGGGCUGGUGGAUACUGGCCGACGGCGAGGCAUUUGCGGCUUUCCAUAACUCGCAGAUCCCUUUCAACUUCGUCAAGUACUUGCCGGGCAUCGUCUCGACUCUCGCCUUCUUUCUGGUGAACACGGUGGACUGGGGCAUGCUAUCGGAGGAUGCACGCUUCGCCUACGGCUCUGAGGUGGCCACUCGAGCUCGGUGCUUCGUGGUGUUCUGCAUGGCGCUGUCGGUGGCGGCACUGGUGGGGUCGGUACUGAUAUUCACACACACUUAUGUCAACAACGAGUUCCACGAGUCAGCGUGGCCUGGAGCUGCGAUCGUGUUCCAGAACGGGUUCAUCCUCAUGGGCACCUUCGUCAUGAGAGUCGGCACGAUCGCCGCAGGCUCCACCUAUUGAAGUUGUAGGAGUCUACUGCCAACAAGGAGUAGUGUUUUAUUGUUAUCACAGCUUACUCGGCUAUAUAUCGCUCUGUUAGCCUUAUAAACGCACUUAUUGCAGGCUUACCAAGCCAUUCGCUUCUUUUCAAGUGAAGCUGACAAUGCUGGGAGUUUUGACAACCGA